UUUUUUAAUUAAUAAGCUUGAAAAUAUUUGAAUUUAUCAUAUAUAUAUAUAUAUAUAUAUAUGGAACUUGAGGAAAUAGAGUCUGAUCUUUUUGCCUUGAAACAACUAUAUCGACUCCUUCAGAAUAAUGGCAUCGAUGACUUGGCUUUAGAAAAUGUAUGUUUUCUCACAAACCUAGAGCAUGACAACAGAGCUAGACAACUAUUGAAGAAUCUAUUGGAUUAUGCUACUGAAAGAAUUUCAAGGACUCAUUCAAAGUUAAUGUUCCCUAAGUCCUUUGUGUCACAGAUCAUAGCAGCUCAUUUAGAUGUCUCAAAUACGUCCUCCAAUUCCUAUCCUCAGCAAGCCAAAGUUGUCCAGAAGUUGAAGCCUCCUCUUAUACCGCGCGAAUUUAAAGCCUUUCCCAUCUCAACUCAAAAUUCUGGACAAGAUUCUGAAAGACAUACAAUCACUUUGCAAAAUGAUGAGAAAACACCUAACAAGAAGUUACAAGGUGAAGUUUUAGAGCUCUCUAAACCCUGCAACUCAUGUCAAAAACCUGAAAGUUGUCUUCAGAAACAGGCCUCAUCUAAGGAGUUGAAACCGUUCAAUGAGAAAGCCAGGAUUCCAAGCAAAAAUGACCUUCAAGAUCGGCUACUUAAUCAACAAGCAAAUGGAUUAAUAGAACUGAAUGAAAAUGCUGUAAAGGCGGUGAAAGGCAGUGAAAAGCCAAGACAGAAAAGAACCUCUGAAAUGGUUGGUAAUUCAAGCAUUGGUGGUUCAGUUGGAUGUUCCUCUACUUCUUUUUCAACCAGUGCUGGUAAACCAACAUCUGCAUUUGGCCUCACUCGCCAGAUAGGUGAUUGUAAAUUCUCAAAGGAAGUUUCUGACUCAAUCAACCAAAUAGAGUCGGAAAUUUUGGCUAUAAAACUGCUUGAUCCUGCCAACAAUGGUUCAUCUCACCCUGCUUUGAUCAAGAAAGGUCAUGAAGGUGGCUCUGUUGGUGGUGGAAAUGAAGCAUUGUUUCAACAAGCAAGUCAAUCUACUCGAAAGUAUGAGACCUCAAGUCCAGCCAGAACGGUGCCUUGUAAAUGUGGCAAGCCUGCAUACGUUUCAAAUAACUCGUUUAAGGGAAGAUUACCAGUCAUGGAUACUUCCAAGCAACUUGUAAAGGGUGGCAAUGCUGCUGGACUGAAAUUUAAAGGACAAAGACUGCCAAAACCAAGAACAAAUCCUAUUUUUGAACCUAAUGCGAAGGACAUGGCAGAGAGAAUGGAAUCUUUGAGUCGAUCAGAAAGUCAGAACAAUGACAUGAUGUCAAGUUAUGUCCAUGGAUUAAGGGUCUGUCUAAGUGGUGAUGACCCAGGAUUAAGCCCCGCUUCACAUAAGAAAAUGCAGAAUAAUCAAACUUCAAGAGGAAGUCAAAUUCAGAAUACAUCUUCAUUCAGAGGGACAACGAAGAAAGCAGUGAGAUCUAUACCUCCUCUGCCACCUCAUUCUGUUGUAGUGUCUACAACCAAUGUUGGAUCUAAUCUCAAGCUGAAACCGGCUUCGAUACAAGGGACAAACAGGAAAGGAAAGAACAAGAAACAUCAAAUGAUCAUUAGGCCGACUCUGUUGGAGCAGGAGUCCACUAAUGCCAUGAACAGAAUAGCUUCUGUGACCUCGAGGAAGAAGAAUCCGCAAUAUCAGUCAGGAUUGGAGGAGACUAGCUCAAGUUCAAUUCCUUCAUCUUCCUCUCCAAGUUGGACAACUCAACACGAUAGAGAAAGUCAUGAUAGUUUUUCACAGAGCAAUAGAAGCUCUGAGGAGAGUAGUAGUUUUUCGCAUCCAAAACAAAGUCGUCGACACAGGGAUGUUAGUCCAACUAAAACAUUCAUAUCGAGGCGUCGAAAAAAUUCCAAGAAUGCAGUUGGAAGGUUCAAGAGGUUUAAGAACAAGCUAGGACUCAUCUUCCACCACCAUCAUCACCAUCACCAUCAUCACCAUCAUGAAGAUGGUGAUGGUAAUGAUCAUUCAGAAACAUCAUACCGCCAUAAUACAUGGAAGCACCUGAAGAAGAUUUUCCAUCAAACAAGUAAGCAUGACGAAAUCCAUGGAGAGGAGGUGCCAGGAGGGAAAUAUAGAAAGUCAGCAGUCAUACAUAAGCACAAGGAUGGACAUGUUCAUGCGCUCAUGGAAGGUCUAUUUCGACAUCUUAGGCGUUCAAAGAAAUUAAACAGGCAGAGAGGAGGAGGGAUAGGAGGUAGGGGCAAAGUUCCAAUUGGCCAUAAGAAGAAGGUUGUAAAGAGGUUGCAUUGGUGGCAGAAGUUUAGGAAUCAUGGUGGGGUGAAGCUGCCUAAUAGAAAAGGGCGUGUUAAAGUUGGUUUUGCCCAUAAAAGACCAAAGAUUAAGAUGAACUAACAAAACAAAACAGAGUUUUUAUGUGAUUUUGGAUAUUGAAAUCAGCAUAUGUUGUAUAAAAGAAAAUGUUUCAUUUUUAUCAUCUCAUUUAUGAUUGCAAGCCUUUGUUGCUUUCAAAUAGGAGCAUCAUCCCCAAACAUUUGUUAUGAUGAUCAAUGGGGUUAUAGUUUAUGUUCUUGCUUACUUUUUGUUUUUUUUUUUUUUUUUUGUUUUUUUGUUUUUUUGUUUUUUUUCAUUUCUUUGUUUUUGUUAGUUUUCUUAAAGUUGAGUUUCUUGAGCAUAGAUCAUAUCUACCUUAUUAUAUAUAAACAAUUUAUGAGACAUUUGAAAGAAGCAACUUUUUGUAUUAAAGUUAAUGACUGGUGUGCUUUGGAAUUUGUGAUCUAUAUUUGUUCUGUAAAAACUCUUUACCUUUUAACUGUUCAUUACACCAAAAUUUGCAGAUCAGGAAAAUGGUUUCAUUAGUAAUAUAUGCUGGUUCAAAUGAGAAACUUAAUCUCUAGUCUAGUCUUUGGCUUUGAGGAGAUACAGCAAAAAUCGGAAAAAUAAAAGUUGCUCCUCUUUUUAGACAAUGAUUUAUUUAAUUUAUAAAAUUGAGAAUCAUCAUCAUUGUUAUUAUA